AUGACGCCCAAGAAGCUUCCUCCGGAGUCCCUCCCCAGGCGAAGCCCCUCCGGCGGCGGAUUGCAGCCGAUCACGAUCCACGUCCGUAUCAACGCGGACGGGAGCUACCUCCCCAGGUUAGUGAACCAAGGUGCGGUUCCUUCAGUUGAGAUGGCCAUAGAACAAGCUCUUUACUGGCCUGACGGCAGAAGGAAGAAGCGUUCUAAAUCGCUUGUGGCUGACCAAACCGGUAGUCAGGUCCACCGGUUAGUAGAAGCUUUGGUGGACAAGCAUAAUGAGGAUCACAAUCUUCUCGGGGAUCUUGCAUAUGAACUCAAAGAUGUUGUGCACUACCGAAAUUUUUGUGAGAAGCGUACUUGGUUCUAUCAUCUCAAUUUCACCAUGACUAAAGUAGCAUAUGAUUUCAAUUGUGGCAACGAGAACAAUCUAUUCUUUGCGGAACUCAAAUGUGUGCAGCAAGGAAAGCAAGAAGAAUUGUUGGUCAGUUGUUUCUGCAUGGUUAGUCCUACGAAAAAUGGUCUCUGCUAUGGUUGCACCAACAAUGGAAGUGUCAACAUGAAGCACCCAAACAGUGUAGAUGAAUACAUCGGUGGCCACUUGGACGUGCGCUCACCAUUCGGAUGUCACGCAGAGUGGAGCGACUCCGAUGAUGAUGUGGAAGCCAAGAAGAAGGAGCUGAGACGGAAGUGA